AUUUUAUUUAAAAUUCAACGUGCAAACAGGAAAUCUAUAUAGUCAACAUGGAAUCCUUUAGUGUGCCGGAAGUGGACAUGAUGACCGUGUCAAAGAAUUCGCAAUACGAACGGGAAUCGCUACUAAAGUUCGCACCGCCAGUUGGACUGACCAACAUCAGCUACGGCAGCUUGUACAAGGUGGACUCCUUCUAUUUGGAGUGCCAGAAGUACCGAGAUCAAUUCCGCGAUCCCUACAACAAGCUGCUGCGCCCCAAGAUGUUCAGCACAUACAGGGGCAAGUGUGGUGUGAAGAUAGAUCCCGAACUGGAGCGCUUAAAGCGACCCGCUGCCUCCCAUGUGGAGUCUAUUCCCGUGGUUUACCCAAUGGAGUACGGGCACCAAAUGGACUUCGACAGAGGCUUCCAGAUGCAGGGACGCAACAGCAGGGAUGCAGCCACCGCCCGCAGAUAUCCGUGUGUGCGUGUGCUGGGCAGAUAAAGGGAUUCCACGCAAGCUUUAUAGACCAAAUUCCCCGUUUUCGCUGUCUUCACUUCCGAAUUGAACCAUCUCUGGCGUUUGCGGAGCUAUUCUCUCUGGGAUUAGUCAUGUUGGCCAUUUGAAGACGGCUUGAAAGCUCGUUGACAAAGGGACGGGCGGUAGGUGAUGUCACUGUUUGCUGGCUAAAACUUUGGGAACCCUAGAUUUGCACAAAGCUACCCGCAUUUAAUGAGCCCCAUCUCCACUUACGUUAUCUAUGACGACGGGCUGGUUGACGACGACAUCAUAAGGCUCCAUUUUGUGCGUUUAUCAAAAUUUGCAAAUUUUCUAUUAAAUAGUUGGUCAACAGGGUGACCGUAGGUGGUUGGCAGAAAUAAACAGCAUGU